GCAAACCUCUUUAUGUCUGAAAACCAGCUGGGCUCCCUGGGAGACACAACCGCCAUGGGAAACCGGCUCUGCUGUGGGGGAACCUGGAGCUGCCCAUCGACUUUCCAGAAGAAAAGCAAAACAGGGAGCCACCCAAGACCCACAUUGAGCAUCCUGAAGCAGCAACAGCUGUGGCAGAAUGGCACAAAGGACUAUGAGACAACAGCACCCACGUAUGAGCAAGUGUUGUACCCGCCUGCAUCUCAGAAGAAAACUUCAAACUCCACGUCGGAGGAGAGUGACUUGCAUUAUGCGGACAUUCAUGUGCUCAGGCAAAUUCGGCCACACUCUCUCCACACAGUGAAAUGCCUGCAUUCAGAAUCUGCUACAGAGUACGCCACCCUUCGCUUCCCCCAGGCCACACCUCAGUAUGACAGCAACAACGGAACCCUGGUGUGAGCCCUCGGGAAGACGUUCCGAUUUCUACGAUUUUACCAUCCUGUGGGAAUAACCUACUGUUCUCGAGAACAAGGACAAUGGCCAUGUUUUAAUCUUAAAGGACACCAGAGCAUCUGGAAUUAUGGGUCUCCCUACUCUUUCCACUAUGAAUCUUUUGGUUUGCCACUGUUGUGGUAAGGUUAACUAUGGGUGGACUGAGUUCCAAAAAAAUAUUUAUGUGAAAAAAAAAGGUUGACCUUUGACCCCUAACAUUAUUUGCAUUCUCAAAUGCAGCAAGAACCCUCUAUGCACUUUGGCUGUUUCUGAUAGGAGUUAUUUAAUGAUAUUUGAUUUUCUUAGGGCUUUUUGUCGUUAUUUGGUUAUGUCUUGGUUGUUUUGUUUUUUGAGGAACAGGAUCUCAUGUAGCCCAGGCUGGCCUGGAACUUGCUACAUAGCUGAAGAUGGCCUUGAAAUUAUGAUCUAUCCCAGCCUCUUACUACCAGUGCUGGGGUUACAGAUGUGACCACUGUGCUAGAUAAUUAUAUUCCGUUUUUACACCUAUACCCCAAAACCGAAGAGAAACGCUCUUCGGAAAUUUUCUGAGCCUUUGCACACAGCCUCGGAGCUACUGUGGACAACCAACCUAAUAGCUAGGUCAAAGGCUCCAGACCUUAUCACAGAGAUGGGACUCCAACUGUUGAGCCUCAAAGACUUCAAUUUGUCGACAUUAACAGCCACGAGACCACAUCCUGGAGAAAGUCUCCUGGCAGGACUGUUAGCUCUCGUCUGAAGAACCUUUCGAAUCAAUUAAUAAAUAGUAUGUAGAACAGG